CUCCAAUGUCCAAAGUACAAUAGACAGAAACAGCAGUUCUUUUCACUGGUGUUCUUUCUAAACAUACUGUAGAUUUAAAGCAUGAAGGAAGAGAUGAGAAACAUGGAGAAACAUGAGAGGAAGGGGAGGGUGACGCUGAUCCUGGCUGCAGCUUCUUUGAUUGCUGGGUUUGGUUCGUCUUUUCAGUAUGGAUACAAUGUGGCUGUGAUCAACUCACCUGCCCCGGAGAUGCAGCUUUUCUACACCCAAAUAUAUGAGAAUCGUUAUGGUCCAAUGUCAGACAGUCUCCUGACCCUCCUGUGGUCCGUUACUGUGUCCAUGUACCCACUGGGUGGGUUUUUCGGAUCUCUCAUGGUAGGCCCAUUGGUGAACAAAUUCGGAAGAAAAGGCACACUCCUGUUCAACAACAUCUUCUCUAUUGUUCCUGCUAUAAUGAUGGGUGUGAGUGAAGUGGCGGGGUCAUUUGAGAUCAUCAUUGUUGCACGCUUUUUAGUCGGCAUUUGUGCAGGCCUGUCCUCCAAUGUGGUGCCUAUGUAUUUGGGAGAGAUCGCUCCCAAGAAUUACAGGGGGGCCAUUGGGAUAGUGCCACAGCUUUUCAUCACCGUUGGCAUCCUUGUCGCCCAAGUGUUCGGCAUUCGCAAUAUCCUAGGAAAUAAAGAAGGCUGGCCCAUCAUGUUGGGUCUCACAGGGAUUCCAGCUGCCAUUGAGCUGCUGCUUCUGCCUUUCUUUCCCGAGAGCCCACGCUACAUGCUCAUACAGAAGGGGGAUGAAAAAACUGCCAGGAAAGACCUGCAGCGGCUGCGGGGCUGGGAGGAUGUGGAUGAGGAGCUGUGUGAAAUGCAUGUUGAGGAUCAGUCAGAGCGAGCAGAAGGUCGACUCUCUCUGCUCAACCUCUUCACCUUCCGCUCACUGCGCUGGCAGCUGCUGUCUGUAAUCUUCAUGAACAUGGGUCAACAACUAUCAGGAGUUAAUGCCAUUUAUUACUAUGCUGACAGCAUCUAUAGCUCAGCAGGAGUGAGGGAAGAUCACGUUCAGUAUGUGACAGUCGGAACAGGAGCUGUUAAUGUCUUCAUGACAAUAGCAGCUGUGUUCAUAGUGGAGAAAUCUGGCAGAAGGUUGUUGUUACUGAUCGGCUUUGGCAUCUGCUGUGCAGCCUGUGUUCUCCUGACCAUAGCGCUCUACUUCCAGAAUACUAUGGACUGGAUACCCUAUGUCAGCAUCGUUUGUGUCAUUGUUUACGUCAUCGGACAUGCUAUUGGCCCAAGUCCUAUUCCUAAUGUAAUCACCACAGAGAUGUUCCGGCAGUCUUCUCGACCACCAGCCUUUAUGGUGGGCGGCUCGGUUCACUGGCUCUCAAACUUCACUGUCGGCCUGGCCUUCCCUUUUCUAGAGAAAGGCCUGGGUGCGUACAGCUUCAUCAUUUUUGCUUGCAUUUGUCUCGCCACACUUAUCUACAUCUGGAUGGUCAUUCCAGAGACCAAAAACAAGACCUUUCUGGAGACCAGCCAGCUUUUUGCUAAGAGAAACAAGGUGGGAAUUGUGUUGGAGGGUGAAGACUCUGAGAUCAAAGAGACUGAAGGGGAAAGCAGCGGACAGGAAAUUAAAAGCUCAUUUUUCUGAAUGGGUAGGGGGUCAAUGACACAGGACACCAGCUUGCGUUUGUCUGCAAUGCUUUGAAAUUGUUUUGACACACUUUUACUUUUCAGUGUCUCUCAUGCCAGGAUUUUUGAACUCAAAAACAGGUCCUGUAUUGAAACACUAAAACGU